AUGACUACAUUAUUUUCACCAAAAUUUGACGCGUACUCUCUUAUCUAUCAGAGACAUGUAUGAAAUUCUACAUUCUAAACUUAUCUUCUGAUAAUGGGGAAGUGUAUUGAUUGACAAAGAAUAAAUAAUUACAGACAGACUUUAAAGAAUUUGAAGUCAAAGUAUAAUGCAAGAUCAAAUAUUGAAGUUUAGUUGGUAAUAUAUCUCCCUCUAUAAAAUAUACAUAUUUUUUUUGAAAAUGAUAACUAUAUUAUUUUGAUCGAGAUCUGUCUACCAGAGAUAUGUAUUAAACCCUACGUAUAAUAACACUCACUAUCUUCUGUCACUGAAAAAUAUAUUGAUCGUAAGAUAAAUAAAUAAACGCCACGUUUCAUACACGAAGAUCUUCAUCAUCGUGGUAUCUUGCUCUACUAAUUCCUACAUCGUUGCAAACCGCACGAUAUCUGCCUCAUGAAAGUUUGAAGUCGGUGCUUGUUGCCGCUUAAGACACAAAUAUAUAUAUAGGGUUGCGGAAAACUAUCCAGAGAAUCUGCAACGCGUGUUGAAGAUAUAUUUGCCAGGAAGGUCGUUCAACCGGAGUUCACCAACGUUUAUCCUGGACCUGCCGAUAGCACAUUUUGGCACGCUGCGUGUACUAUAUACCGUAGCUGGAUCUCGAGGGAGGUACUUGGCAACAUUUUUCGUGUUCUUGUUCAACAUGGCCGGCCGGUGCACAGUUACAAGAGUAUAUGUAUGUGAACUAUGCGGCCCCUCCAUACGACAGAUUGAAUUAAGCAGCGCGAUUAUGGUAUGCUUUGUGCCUGUUAUCGCUGGUCCACGAUACAUGGAAUGGGGCAAGGAUUUGACCAGGAACAAUAGCUUAUCGAACGUGUAA